CCAAGUACCGUAUGAAAAAAAUCAAAUGAAAAUAAUUGUGGAAAAAAGAAAUAAAAAGAGAUGAGAGGUAGAGAGAGAGAGCUCUGGGACGGAGAUCACAAGGUAAACGGUCAGCACAGCCAUAUGAGAGGUCCAGAUUCCAGAAUAGGGGACAACUCCAACAGGAGAAUAGGUCACGGACGGGUGCUGGAGAUAGAUUGUCCGACGAAGAGGGACAGGAUGGGUAGACGUUUUGGUUUUGUUCGUUUUCUGGAUGUGAGGAAUGAGGAUGAACUAGAAAGAAGAUUAAAUGAAGUAAGAGUAGGGAACCAGGUUCUUCAAGCAAACAAACCAAGAUACUCAAAGUGGGAGCGGCAAACAAAUCUGAUUCCUAAACCCCAUUUUGAGACUGGUAACCGGAGACAACAAAGCAUUAAUGGUAACGAUAGAAGACCAUCAUAUGCCGAGGUUGCAAGAACAGCCAUCAGUGGGAGGGAAGAAAGACCUAAUAUCGAAAGAAGGAAAGAAGGAAUAGUACAGAGGUAUGGAAGCAACAAGGCCAGCUCCUACGGAAACCAGCAAAGGGAAUGGAGACCAAAACACCAACACCAUCAAUGGACAGGCAUGGAGUUGAACUUUGAUCCAGAAGAAUAUGCUUGGCUGGAAAAGUGUUUUGUAGGCACAGUGCAUUCGGUGAACCUGAUACCAAAUUUGCAAGAGAAAUUCUUCAUGGAAGGGGUAUUCUUCUGCAACAUAAGACCAAUGGGUGGUAGAUUAGUGUUAUUAGAAGGCAAGGAUCAUGAAGAUUUGAAGGAGCUGGUUGAUACUGGAAAAGACUGGCUGGGGAACUGGUUUGAAGAAGUGAAGCCAUGGACCCCUACUCUGGUAGCAAAGGAGAGUACCAUCAACAAGAAAAGAUUUGAUGCAACAAGAUUCUUAAUCACCACUCCAUCCACAGAAGCUAUUUCCAAGUCUUUCACAGUGAAGAUCAAUGGAGAAUUCUUCACACUCAAGUUCACAGAAGAGGAAUCAACAAAUAAUCUUUUCACAAUGAGGUCUGAUAGGAUCUUUCAUGCACCUAGAGAAGAGGAAGAUGAAGAAAGCAGCUCUUCAGACAGUCUAAAUGAGGAUGAUUCUGACCUGGACAAGAACAUCUGGGAACAAAUAGAGCUUCAGACAAGGGGGAUUGAAGGCGAAGGGGCUCAAGCAUCCAUGGAGGAAGAUGCGGCAACACCAUACACGGGGGAUGGAAUCGAGAAUGAGGUGGCAAGCCAUCAUGCUGAGGUGGCGAGACACAGUGCUGAGGUGGUAAGGCAUAGUGAUGAGGUGGCUAGUCACAAUGUCAAGGCGGAAGGCAACGAAAGGAAGAAGGUUGAGACGUUUAAGGGGGUCAGUAUAGAUAUCGAGGUAGUUGAGGAAACCGAAGGCAUGAAGGAGAUCAGGACGGAGAUCCUUGAUUCAAAUUCAAAUCUUCAAAGAUUGGCAGAAACAAGAAAGAUUGUGGCGGAUCCAAAUAUGGUGAACAAUAAAGCUGAGCAAGGGAUGUUCGAAAAUGGCAGUCAAUCAAGUACCAACACAGACAUGGGCAGCCACGGCAAAUUUUAUCAAAAAAGUAGAAAUAAAACAGUAGAACACAGAAGGGGAUGCAGAGAACCAGAAAAGAAGUCAAUCUCUUCUUUCUGGGACGACCUUGAAAGCGAUACAGACAGAGACGCAAACUGGAUGGGCAGAAUUGAUGGGUGCGGGAAAAGGAAAAAGAAGAGAAGAGCUAAGUCUUGUGCAUCAGUGUAUAGAAAAUCCGGGGGAUUGGAAGGCUUUUUGGUUCAACAAAAACUGAAAGGACAGAAAAAAGCAGCUGCAAAGACAAAGAAGAAGGUACUAUUUGAGAAAGAUGCAGAGAAGCCAGUUGCAGAUGACUCAAUCAACGACAGCAACAUCCAGAACUGUAAUAAAAACAUCGAAGUGAACAGCAGAAAACGGAACAUGGAAGCCCUGUGGUCUCGGGUGAAGGAGAUUGGGGUGACUGCACAAGGAGAGGAGACAUCGGUGAUUCAGAAACUGAUAGAGCUGGAAUGUCGAUUAGGGGGGAUUGGGAAAAAAAGGGAGAUUCGGGAUUUGGUUGCUAAACAGAAAGUGGAUGUUUUGUUUGUUCAAGAAACUAAAAUGGAGAAAAUAGACAGAUGUUUAUGUAGAAUGGUCUGGGAUUCUGAUAAUUUUGAGUGUGUUGCUCAACCUGCAAAUGGAGCAUCAGGGGGAAUUUUAAUCAUAUGGAAUUCCAGUGUUUUUAAGAAGACUGGUUAUUUAGAAGGUGCAGGAUUCCUGGGAGUAGUGGGGAAUUGGGGAGAAGCAAACGCCCCUUGCUAUUUGGUAAAUGUAUACUCUCCAUGUGACUUGGCGAGCAAGAGAAUAUUAUGGGAGAAUUUAUCAAAUAAAAUCUGUUCCAAUAGAGGAAACUGGUGCAUAGCUGGAGAUUUUAAUGCCAUUAGAAAUCUCCAGGAAAGGAAAGGAGGUAUAAGUGUAAGGAGGGAGCUGAAAGAAUUUAACGAGUUCAUCGAGAAGAGUGGGUUGGUAGACCUCCCUUUGAUAGGGAGAAAAUUCACUUGGUAUCAGCCGAAUGGUAAAUGCAUGAGCCGCUUGGACAGAUUUUUAUUUUCAGAGGAAUGGUUGCUUAACUGGACAGAUUUGAAGCAAUGGGGGUUAGCGAGGUCACUGUCAGACCAUUGCCCAAUUUUGGUGAAAGAUGAAAUAUGUAAUUGGGGCCCAAAACCUUUCAAAUUUUACAAUGUGUGGUUGCAAGAUCCAGCAUUUAGAGAAAUGAUAAAGAAUCAAUGGAACAGCUUUAACAUCAGAGGGUGGGGAGGUUUUGUGCUCAAAGAAAAAAUUAAACUGUUGAAAAAUAGUAUGAAGGACUGGUCCAGGAAUCAUGUACAGGUGGUUGACAAACAAAUCGAGGAAGCAAAAGCAACUAUAGCUAAACUUGAUUGUAAAGGGGAAAUUCAGCAGCUAAGUGAGGAGGAAGACAUUCUCAAGAGGGAUCUAAUGCUAACUCUAUGGGAAAAUAUUCAAACAAAAGAAGAAAUGGCAAGACAAAAAUCAAGGAUGAUGUGGAUGAAGGAAGGAGACGCCAAUACAAGCUUCUUCCACCGGUGCAUCAAAAAUAGAAGGAGAAGGAAUGAAAUUAACUGCUUAGUGGUCAACGGGAAGGUGCUGCAAGAUGUUAAUGAGCUGAAACAAGGAGUGUCUGAAUACUUCAGGCAUCUAUUUGCAAAGGAAGACUGGAAAAGGCCAGUUUUGGAGGGCAUUGAAUUUAAUAAAAUUACUGAAGCAGAAAAGGAGCUUUUAACUGAACCGUUCCUUGAAUCAGAGGUCAAAGAAGCUGUAUGGAAUUGUGACAGUGCUAAAGCCCCGGGUCCGGAUGGUCUGAGCUUUGGGUUGUUGAAAAUAGAAUGGGAAGUGGUCAAGGAUGAUAUAUUGAAGUUCCUAGCUGACUUCCAUACCAACAGCAAGCUGGUAAGGGGAUCUAACGCAUCCUUUUUGGUAUUGAUACCUAAAAAGGAGAACCCGCAGGGACUGGCAGAGUACAGGCCUAUUUCUCUAAUAGGUUGCAUAUACAAAAUCCUUGCUAAAAUCCUGGCCAAUAGAUUGAGUAAAGUGCUGAGCGGGCUCAUAGGCGAACAACAAUCAGCAUUCAUUGGAGGGAGACAAUUAGUUGAUGGGGUAGUUAUCGCAAAUGAGACGAUAGAUGAAAUCAGGAAGAAAAAAUUGAGCUGUUUCCUCUUCAAGGCCGACUUUGAGAAGGCUUACGACAAUGUCAGCUGGGAAUUUUUGGAUUAUAUGCUGGAUAGGAUGAAUUUUGGUUUGGUAUGGAGGGGGUGGAUUCGAGAAUGUUUGCAAACAAACUCGGUUUCUGUUUUGCUCAAUGGUAGUCCAACAAAAGAGUUUACCAUGAGCAGGGGAUUAAGACAAGGAGAUCCCUUAGCUCCUUUCCUCUUCCUUAUUGUUGCAGAAGGGCUCAAUGGCAUCAUCUCAUCAGCAGUUGAUAAAGCACUUUUCGAAGGGGUCCAAAUUGGUAGAGGGGAUUUGAGAAUUUCCCAUUUGCAGUUUGUGGAUGACACCCUAUUAUUGGGGAAAGCAACAGAGGAAAAUAUAUGGACCACAAAAUGCAUUAUGCGGGCCUUCGAAUUAGUCUCCGGGUUGAAAAUCAAUUAUGGAAAAAGCUCUUUGAUUGGAAUCAAUGUCGAUGAUCUAUGGGAAAAGGAAAUGACAUGUCUUUUGAAUUGCAAAUCAGGAUCUCUACCUUGCAAGUAUCUGGGUAUCCCUUUAGGAGCAGACCCUAGAAGAAUAGCCACAUGGAAGCCACUUAUCGACACCUUCAAAAGAAAAUUGUCUUCAUGGAAAGGGCGGUUCCUAUCCUUUGGAGGAAGAAUAACUCUCAUUAAUGCGGUGCUGACCAGUUUACUGGUGUUCAUUAUGUCCUUCUAUCUACUCCCAAAGAGCGUCAUAGGUGAGUUAGACAAAAUUAGGAGAAAAUUUUUAUGGGGGGGAGUUGGGGAGAGGAAAAAAGUAGCGUGGGUAGCAUGGGAGCAUGUAUGUAAACAUAAACUGGAAGGGGGUUUGGGUAUCAAAAAUCUGUCUUGGUUCAACAUGUCAUUAUUAGGAAAAUGGUGGGGAAGAUUGCUCACAGAAAAAGGGGGUUUAUGGAGAAGAGUCUUAUGUGAAAAAUACGGGAAUAAAGAAGGGAAUUGGCUAUCCUAUCUAAAGGAGGGUAGACAUCGAGGUUCAAGUUGGUGGAAGGACGUUUGUAAGUUAGAUGAAGGGGUGGGGGCUAAGAAUAAUUGGCUGAGCUCAGGUUUUGAAGUGAAAAUAGGGGAUGGCAGAGAUACAAAAUUCUGGUUGGAUGAAUGGGUAGGAGGGAGUGCGUUAUCUAACAAAUAUCCAUGCUUGUUUCUGUUAUCCACAGGUGAAAAUCAUAAUGUCAAAGACAUGGGAAAUUGGACAAAUGGAAGAUGGCAAUGGAAAUUAGUAUGGAAACGCCAACUACGUUCGUGGGAGGAAGACUUGGAAACAGAUCUUCUGGAGAUGCUCAGGACAACUCACCCAAUUCAGGACAAAGAAGACAACUGGUGGUGGAAACCGGACCCCUCCGGAAUCUACACAUCUAAGUCGGCUUAUUCCCAUCUUUUAAAGGACGACACCAACAUUAUGGUUGACUUCAAAAGGCUGUGGAAGGCCCCCAUUCCAUCUAAAGUAAGUGCUUUCUACUGGCAAUUACUUCAUAAGAAACUCCCUACGAAAGACAACUUAGCAACCCAUGGAAUCUUGAAUGAUCACAACAACCUAAGAUGUUGCUGGUGUAAUUCAUCAACUGAAACACCCGACCACUUGCUUAUUAAUUGUAACCUAGCUUCUACCCUAUGGAUGAAAUGCUACCACUAGUGGGGCAAACAAUAUGUCUUAGGUCUGGAUGGAUUCUCCUUAACAAAUUGGUGCGAGAAUCCAACCAAAUGCUUAAUGUCCAAAGCCAAAGAAAAAGACAGAGUAUGAACUGGAUUUCUGGAAAUUUACGUUUGUAAGGCCCUUGUACAGAAGUCGGUGAAAAAGAUUCUGAGUAAUCGGCUGUUUUUGUAAGUUAAGGGUUGGAAUACCCCCUGUAUUCCAUAAGCAAUAAAUUCUUUUGCCUUUC